AUGGCAGCAGCAACGGGCUCGGCUGCAGCAAGAAAUGCCAAGUCCUGCAAAAAGUACCGAACGGUGAAGAGGCACGCCGGCAUCUACACCUACCAGGAGCCACCCCACAGCAACUCGGACGAUGAUAUCAGUGAAGAAAAGGCUGAGAGCCAUGACCCAGAGCAGAUCUUUCAGAACAUCCAGUACCAGAAGGAGAUAAUGUCCAACAUCCGCUGCCGGCCAUGGCCGAUGAGGCAGAAGCUGAGGGCGCUCAGACAGGCGAAGGAGAUUGUGCUGAAGUAUGAAGGGAGGCUCACGAGAACAAGAGGUUACCAAGCCGCUGGUGCAGAGCUUUGGAGGAAGUUUAUUCGACUUGCGUAUAACUUUGUGGUAAUCUUUAUUCCUUGGGAAAUGAGAAUAAAGAAAAUUGAGAGUCAUUUUGGGUCUGGAGUUGCCUCUUACUUCAUCUUCUUGAGAUGGCUAUUUGGAAUCAAUAUUGUACUUACGAUAAUGACAGGCGCAUUUGUAGUCUUACCAGAGCUACUGGCCGGAGAACCGUUUGGCAGCACAGUCAGCAAGACCAUUCCCAAGGAGCACAUUGCAUCUGCUCAAGACCUGGACACCAUCUGGUCACUAGGGGGCUACCUUCAGUACUCUGUUUUGUUUUAUGGCUACUACGGCCGUGACAGGAAGAUUGGGAAGGCUGGAUAUCGACUGCCUCUUGCCUACUUCCUUGUUGGAAUGGCAGUGUUUGCUUACAGCUUCAUCAUUCUCUUAAAAAAAAUGGCAAAGAACUCAAGAAUGAGUUUAGCAAGUGCCUCUGAUGAAAAUUACACUUUCUGUUGGAGACUGUUCUGUGCUUGGGACUAUUUAAUAGGAAACCCCGAGGCUGCAGAGAGCAAAGCUGCUGCCAUAGUUAAUAGCAUUAGGGAAGCUAUAUUGGAAGAGCAGGAAAAGAAGAAAAGCAAAAACUUGGCAGUGACUAUAAGCUUAAGAAUUAUUGCAAAUAUCCUUGUGCUUCUCUCGCUUGCUGGAAGUAUUUACAUCAUUUACUUUGUUGUGGAUCGAUCCCAAAAGUUAGAGCACGCCAAAAAGGAAUUGACUCUUUGGGAAAAAAACGAGGUAAGCGUAGUUGUGUCCCUGAUUACAAUGAUUGCACCCUCUGCUUUUGAACUUGUGGCAGCUCUGGAGAUGUAUCAUCCAAGGACCACUCUUCGCUUCCAGCUAGCCAGGGUUCUCGUUCUAUACCUGGGAAACCUCUACAGUUUAAUCAUUGCUCUCCUGGAUAAAGUGGACAGCAUGAGUGGCACUCUUUUGGAAUAUUUAUUAUUUCAGGACUCUGAUGUUAACAACAAUGCAAGUAAUUCUACCACCACCUUAGCAACCAAAACUCUUUCUAAAGAAGACAAUCUAUCUACAACUAUUCCUGAUGUACAAAUCAAGAGAAACGGCAUUGUUGCGUUGGAAGAGAGUCAUGCUCACGGCUCGAUGGUCUCUGACUCGCUGGUUAACAAAACAAUUUCCUUUAACACCCGGAACCCACAGGAUCAGUGCUGGGAGACGUAUGUUGGUCAAGAGAUGCUAAAGCUUUCAAUUAUCGACAUGAUUUUCACAGUCGCAAGCAUCCUGCUAAUUGAUUUUUUCCGUGGUCUGUGUGUUCGAUAUUUAAGUGAUUGCUGGUGCUGGGAUCUAGAAAGCAAAUUUCCAGAAUAUGGAGAAUUCAAAAUUGCAGAGAAUGUAUUGCAUUUGGUCUACAACCAAGGAAUGAUCUGGAUGGGAGCUUUCUUUUCACCUUGCCUACCAGCAUUCAAUGUUCUCAAGUUGAUUGGACUCAUGUACCUGAGAAGCUGGGCUGUAUUAACGUGUAACGUACCACAUCAGCAGGUUUUCAGAGCAUCUCGAUCCAAUAAUUUCUAUUUGGCCAUGUUGCUGUUCAUGUUGUUCUUAUGCAUGUUGCCAACAAUUUUUGCUAUUGCCCGAUAUAAGCCAUCUUUAAGCUGUGGUCCCUUCAGUGGACAAGAAAAAAUAUAUGAUAUUGUUUCUGAAACAAUUAAAAAUGAUUUUCCUACAUGGUUCAACACAGUGAUUACUUACAUCAGCAGUCCUGUGGUUGUCCUCCCUGCACUACUACUUUUAUUCAUGCUAAUCUAUUAUCUACAAAGUAUUGCAAGAUCAUUAAAAUUCACCAACAAUCAACUGAGAAUGAAGAUCCAAACAGAAAGAACUGAAGAUAAGAAAAAGGUGGUUCAGAUGGCAGUAGGGCAGAACCUGGGAGGCAUCUCUAAUCAAAUCAUGUCAGACCUUGCAUAAAAUUCAGAGGCUACCAGAAUCCAAAAUCUGGAUGGCAAUGACAAGAGACCAGAGCAAGAAAGUGACAUUAUCAGCCAGGAGUCUUCUGUUCGGUCUUCAACUCCCCGAAAGAACGGCACUGUCUUGAAUUUUGAAUCUCCUGUGAGCAAAGGCACCAGAAUACAAACCAUUUCCCAGUCUGUGCCCCAAACCGUGCCCUCAACUGAUGUUGCAAGACCUGUCAACACAACUCCUACAACUUCAACCUCCUUAACACCAGCUCCCUCAGUAUCAAGUGUACAGAAACCAAGAAACGAUCAUAUCACAAACAGGUACUCAACAAGCGCUGUGCAUGGGAGUGCGAGUGAGCUCUGUAAAACAAAGCCCUACACACCAGUCGCUUUCAAAAAGCACACUGAAGAUGUUCAUUCUGAGCCUCUCUUUAGAAAAGGCAUUCGGCAGGUAAAUCCAGAUGCUCUUGGGGCAGGGGCUCCUGUUUUUGUGGGACGUAGACCAUAUGCUACCAGGUACUUUCUUGUUAAUGAAAAUGAGUCCCGCAAAAAAUCGCUCCGUUCUACCUCCCGACUUCAAAGGCACUUCAGAAAGGAUGAAUCGGGAGACAUUAUUGAGUUGUAUCCACGCAGUGUCAGAAGAUAUGUGGUUCGAACACCACACCAGAUGUAUUCCCCUCAUCCCAGCGAAGAUGAGGAGGACGAAGAGGAACUUGGGAGAGAAUUUAUUGACAGAUCCCAUCGCCCUCGCUCCCUGUCUGAUCUUCGCCCAGCACCACGAUUUUACAUUGGAGAACGUGCUGAUGGCCAUGUUCUUAUGAGCAAAGAUCUAGCCAGAGUGCAUUACAAAUCCUGGGACGAUGGUUUUGAGCUAGACCUUGACAGGCCUCCGUAUGCUUACAAGAAAGUUCACCUGAUGAACUAUCCUGAGCCGCGUGUGAAACCAAAAUCAAAGCAGAAGCUGGAGCAAUCUCUAACAGAAUCUGAUUCCAUUUCCAUUGAAUCCAGCAGUGAUCCACAGAACAGCAGUAAUGACCAGUAUAUCCAGGUCAUUCAUAGCAAGGAAAAGUAUCCAAAACCUGGGACAAAACUCACCAGAAAGAAAUCAAAAAACAGUGUUGAUCUAAAUAUGUCUGAGCCUAAUGAACUGGUAUGCUCAAAUGUCUGA